CACACUAAAACCAGUCGGGCUCUUAAAACGGAUGAUUAGGACUUAGGAGGAAGUAGCUUGAGCUAAAUGUUGGUACCUUCUAAGAUAGAUUUUGGUACCUCUCCCCUGGUAAAUUUCCCGAACAGGAUAAUAAAAGCGCGCACACACACACACCAAACACGUUUUAAAGACAUUUCAUUGUUUGUUAACUUUUUUUUUCUUUAUCAUUUACUAGAGAAAUAUAUCCAACCUAACUAUGGUCUAUUCCAAUAUUGCUUUGGUUUUAUUUAUUUUUACAAUAUAGUAGUGGUGUUUUCUUUUUGAAAGCUCCAAUAAGAAAAAUGUUUUUGGAUAUGAAUUUAGAGACUCAUUCAUUGGUAAAACAAAUCUACAAAGAUGUAUGUAAUUGUGUAACCUACUAAUAUAAGAGAGAUCAUAUCCUGAUUUUAACAAAGAAUAAAAGGCGACUUGAUCAUUGUAUUUAUAUUAGAGAAUAGGGUUAUCAAAAUUAGGGUUUGGAAAAUGUUGAACUUGCGCCGAAUGGUAUCAGGUUCUCUUCAUCUCUGGAAGAGAGAGAUGAAGAUUUCUACGCCUAUGAGAACAACGGCUCCGUUUUCUUCUUCUUCUUCUGCUGCUGAGAACGCGAGUACUCCUCCAUUGACGAUAGAAGCUCCGUCUUGUGAUACUGAGAAUGCAAAGAGCAGUAUUUUCGAGAAGCUGCGGUCUCUUACCCGUGAGACCUUAGAUUUCAUCAUCAGGGAGGAAGAGAAGAAGGGUGUUUCCGUCACGCAGGCGGAUCUCGUCAGCUCGGCAAAGCAGCUUCUCAUGGAAGGCAAACGUCUAGAUGCCCUCCAGAUCUUUAUGUGGAUCUAUAGAAAGAAGAUGAGUUUUUCUACCUCAGAGCUUGCGCUUUUUGUGGAUAACAUUGCUAGGACUAUAGGCUUACCUACUGCUCACGCCUACUUGAAGAAAGUAGACCCAGACUGCGACCGAAUGCACAAUCCUACCGAGAAUUGGCCUGCUUACGUAGAUCUCCUGCUUUUGGAUACUGAGCUUUUAGAGAAACGCGGGAUAGUUCCAGCUGUUCGAAACACUCCCCCUCGCCCUCGCAAGUGAAUGAUUAACUAUUAGAUUGGUGUUGUGUGUGUGUGUGCGCGCUUUCUUAUGUACUCUUUGCCUUCUCUUUUCAUCUCUUGUCGAAUACCUCUUUCAUGGUUUGCUAUGAAAUAACAAUAAGAGCCUCUGAAUUUGAAAUCAUGUCAUGUGGUUUUUUUUUUUGGUUUUGCUUUUUUUGGUUAGAUCUAUAAUUUGAGUGGAUGGAUAAAGAGAAGAUGAUUCUUUCUCCCUCGGAGCUUGCUCUUUUUGUGGAUAUCAUUGCUAAGACUUAAGGUUUAGCUGCUGAAGACUACUUCAAGAAAGUAGACCCAGACUUCGACCGGAUGGACCAUCAUUCCAAGAAUUGGCCUGCUUACGUGACUCUCCAUCUUUUGAACCGUGAGUUUGAAAAAAAUUCUGGAAGGCUAGCUGUUCGUUACUAUGGCAAUGGUGUUUUACUGAAUGAUUAACUAUUUGUUUGGUGUG